AUGUCUUCGUCUAUCGCCAGCGUUCAGCCGUCUGCUAGUGCUGAAGCUCCCACAGCAACGAAAUCGAAUAACACACCCAUCGCCAUCGGUGUCUCUAUUGGAGUGGUCACCUUUCUCACUCUGCUGGGCAUCGGCUAUUGGACGUUGCGGCGUCGACGGUUUCACGCUCCGGUGCACGGUUUCCACCGGCAUACCUCCAGUGUUGUUGAUCCGAGUGACCUUGCUUGUCGUGUCACGCCUUUCGGCUCACCAGGUGGUGAACAGCCUCGUUUUGUGCACAAUCCAGGCGAGAACAUGCGCGUUGCUCAUCGGAGGUCAGACGGGGGUUGGGAGUUCUCCGACGUGGAACAAGACCCAUUAACACCAGCUGACUUCACCCCCCCUCCACGUUUAUCUGGUUCAACGCGCUCCUCCUUGAGCCCCUCUGCAAAGGAUAAGCUAAAGCCGGGCGAGCUGACUACGCGUGGAUUCGCGGAGCUCGAUGCGGAUAACAAUCCACCUCCCGCCUACCACGCCGAGUGUAGCUCACUGAGCGAAUAUCAAGAAUGCUUCCGUUGA